AUGCCACCCACUGCUCGUCAGCAACGCGGACAUGAUGUCAUCGCGGAUCAACACGUGGAUCAAAACUCUAUGCCUCGUUCCCCUUCCCCCGAAACAUCGGAGCAUGAGGAUGCACCCCCAGUCCUUAUUCCUUUUCAAAUGGAAGCGGAUGACGCAGGGCUCUAUCACAUCUACAUUACCUGGCCCAGCAACAUCCCCAACAGCGAUACCCUUGAGGCUGUAACUGAUGCUCCAACGCUUGCCAGGGACGAUCAGAUUCCUCGAUCAAGUCGAAUCACAGAAGGCCUGUCGUCUAAAGGCACCGAAGAACUCUAUGAAGCAUUCUCGAAUCCUACCUCUGGCCUCCUCAUGGCAUACCAGUAUUCUGGAACCAGCCAGCAAUCUGUUGCUGAGUUGCAGCGACUCACAACUUUUGUUGGUGAUCCGCUUUUCAGACAUGCUGAUGCACUUUCAUUU